AUGCAAGAGAAAGGUACUAGUCGAGCAUGGACUCAGGAAGAGGACGACCUUUUGGUGCAAGUCAUGAACCGCAAUGGCGGCUUUGAAAACUGGAAGGAAGUAGCUACCCUGAUUCCCGGAAGGACGAACAAAGCCUGUAGGAAGCGAUGGCUCCAUUCUCUUUCUCCGGAUCUUAGGAAAUCUGCCUGGACACCAAGAGAGGACGCGCUGUUGGUGGCUUUGCACAAAAGGCAUAAGAAUAAAUGGUCAACUAUUGCUCGAUUUAUCCCUGGUAGGACGGACGACGCAUGCUCUAAACGUUUCCGGGAAGCAUUGGACCCGAGACUAAAGAAGGACCCAUGGACACAGGCAGAGGACGCAAAACUCUUACAAUUGUACAGUCAGUUAGGCCCCAAGUGGAAAGAGGUCGGCGAAGAAAUGCAGCGUAGCGGUUUAGGAUGUCGUAACAGAUUGAGACUUCUUGAACGAAGAGCUUCAGCUCGUGCUCAUCGGGAAGAGCCGCCACCAGAAGGCGUUCAAGGUGCUGACGUUGAAGAGCCGGACGCAGGCUCUGCCGUCUCUUCGACGCAUAGUCCAGAGUCCUCGACCUCUACCCAAGAGCCUCAUUCCUCCCUCCAGGGACCUCCGUUACCAUUUUCUCCUCUCGAAGCUGAUGCAUUCACUAUAGCCGAGGAGCAGAUGACGUUCACUGGCUCCGUUAUCUUCGAUCCUCAGAACAUACCUCUCGAGAACGCACCUUUACAAUACAACUCGUCGUCAUUUCCCACCGCAUCAUCUACCGACGGAGCGCAGCAGCAUAUCCCUUCCCAAGAUGAUACGAUUCUUACGGACAUGGAGCUACCCCAAUCCCAGGAUUAUUCCAUGUUGUUCUCACCCUACAAUGAUUUUGCGACCUUCGGAGACUUUUUCAUGAACACUCCAUAUCCGGAUAGUGAUGCCUCACCGAACUUGGGUGUCCUUGACCUAAAUUCCCCACACUCUUCGCGCUCCUCUCCCAUGCCCGAGGGAAAUAGAGCGACUUCUCGGCACGAUCUGGAAUCAUUUUUCUAUCUCCCGACGUUUACGAACCCUAUGAUCCACUGUACCUCCAGUAUACCUUUGGAUGACUGUUUGGCGUCCUCGAGUUUAGUUGAUCAAACCGCAACAAUCUCAAUUACUUCAAGCAUUGAUACUCCGGCCUCCAACCUGGUUAAUACUGACCCACUCGCAAUGCUUUCCCCAUCUCGGCAUUAUCGUCAUCCAGCAGUGCGACCUAGACCCAGAAGGAGGACGCCGCCAACCACUGACACCCGAGUUUCUUCCGUGAGGCCAGCCGGAUCUGAUCCCAACAUUCUUCCUUAUGCUUGCGGUUAUCGUCGUUGUUGGCCCCGAGAACGUUUUGCUACCUCAAGAGAAUUACUGUACCAUAGUAAAACCCACGAGCAUGAGGAAGAGGAAGAGGACGAUGGCACAGACCGAAUUUUUAGAUGUGCGUUGCAUGGGUGUGGGAAAUCUUGGAAGAGUAUAAAUGGUCUUCAAUACCAUCUUCAAGUUUCUCCAGCGCAUUUUACGGAAGCUUUGUCUUCCAAGCUGCAGGCUAGUGCCAGCACCAGUACCAACGAAUCAGAAUCCUUUCGCUGUCCGAAGCCUGGGUGUCAUAAGACUUACAAGCAACACGGUGGUUUACGAUAUCACUUGAAGCACGGCCAUCCAAAGCGAACACCCGAACAACUCACCGAUGUACCGCAUACUGUGGGAAAGUCGAGACGACUGCGUCAAAGACAAGAAAGGGUAGAAGAUACUUCUUGA